AUGAAGAAGCGACGCAUAACCAGCCCAGCUGGAGACGUCGAUGGAUUUCGAUUUGGAUUUGGACCCCAAGCUCGGAGUCCAACACGUUUGGGCUUCCGCAUUGCGGCGCGGCCACUGAAAGAUUUGCUGCCACUGGUGGCGCUAAUUGCUGGAUUCGGGAUGAUGGACGCAUGCGCAGCGGUUGGAUACUCCUAUGCGAGAUUCGAGGGUCCGGUGGUGGGGCCGGAGCACCUGGUCACCGUGCACGAUGGACGCACCGUGGACUACGUGGCCCGUCCCGAGUACAGCUUCGCCUAUGGAGUCGAGGAUGGCAAGUCGCGCGUGCUGCAGAAUCGCAAGGAGACGAGGAACGGGGACGAGGUGAGAGGAGUUUACAGCGUAGUCGAUCCGGAUGGCACCUUGCGUGUGGUUAAAUACACGGCCGACGAUGCCAACGGCUUCCAAGCUGAGGUUAUUACGAACGGUGUGAAAACUCUGCACGGCCAUGGAUCCGACGGGGAUGCGGGUGGCGGUUCGGUGGACAACCAGGUGAGACACCACAGCUCCGAGGCCCACAAAGCGGACACGGAUGAGGAUGAGGAGGAGGAGGAGGAGCGAGCACCGCACCAGGAAAAAGGCCAGUACCAAGUGCACGAGGAUUACGAUGAGGGUGGUGGCGAGGGGGAAAAGGACGAGGAGGGGGAGGAGGAGGGUGGGGAUCACCAGGAGUACGAGGGCAGCAGCGAGGAAGGAUAUGUCGAAGCAGAUGCUCACAGUCAGCAGGAGGAGUCCAGCAGCGAGGAUUACUAG